CAUUACAGUAUUCGAACAUUACCUUUUGAAGUAAUUGGGUGCUGUGCGACCAAAGAAUGAGAGGAAGCUUUAUGGACAGGGACCGAGGCGGCAUGGGUGGCCCACGGUUUCCAAAGUUUGGUAAUCCAGGUGAACGUCUUCGCAAAAAAAGAUGGGAUUUAAAUGAACUUCCAAAAUUUGAGAAGAACUUCUACGCAGAACACCCCGAAGUAGCUUGUAUGACAAUACAUGAAGUAGAAGAACUGCGCAGGAAGAAAGAAAUUACUGUCAGAGGCGUUAAUUGCCCAAAACCUAUAUAUAAUUUCCAUCAGGCUAAUUUUCCACAAUAUGUUAUGGAUGUUCUCCUCGACCAGCGUUUCAAGGAGCCUACACCUAUUCAGUGCCAAGGAUUUCCCCUUGCCUUGAGUGGACGAGACAUGGUGGGCAUUGCCCAGACUGGUUCUGGCAAGACACUUGCGUAUUUGCUGCCUGCUAUGGUGCACAUUAACCACCAGCCUUAUCUGGAACGUGGGGAUGGACCAAUUUGUUUAGUUCUCGCUCCAACCAGAGAGUUAGCUCAGCAAGUGCAGCAAGUAGCUGACGAUUAUGGGAAGUCAUCCCGAUUAAAAAGCACAUGUAUCUAUGGUGGCGCACCCAAGGGUCCACAGAUAAGAGAUCUAGAGAGAGGUGUAGAAAUAUGCAUUGCCACUCCUGGCCGGCUUAUCGAUUUUCUGGAGGCUGGAAAGACUAAUUUGAGGCGUUGUACCUAUCUUGUACUUGAUGAAGCAGACAGAAUGCUUGAUAUGGGUUUUGAGCCACAGAUUCGUAAGAUUGUUGACCAGAUCAGGCCUGAUAGGCAAACCCUGAUGUGGAGUGCUACAUGGCCCAAAGAGGUGCGUCAACUGGCUGAGGACUUCUUAAGGGAUUAUGUUCAGAUCAACGUGGGAAACUUGGAGCUCUCUGCAAAUCAUAAUAUCCUUCAAAUUGUUGACGUAUGCCAGGAAAGUGAAAAAGAUCACAAGCUUAUCCAACUUAUGGAAGAAAUAAUGGCAGAGAAAGAAAAUAAGACCAUAAUUUUUGUAGAAACCAAGCGCCGCUGUGAUGACCUAACACGCAGAAUGAGGCGUGAUGGAUGGCCUGCUAUGUGUAUUCAUGGUGACAAGAGUCAACAGGAACGCGAUUGGGUCUUAAAUGAAUUUCGGACUGGAAAAGCUCCAAUUCUAAUAGCCACAGAUGUUGCUUCUCGGGGUCUAGAAGCUGCAGAUCUCUCUCAGUACAGGGCCAGGGGCCUGUCGAAAAUAGAGGGGAUUGAACGCUGGAAGCUGCCCACCUAAGGGGCACUGGCUUCUUACACUCUUCCCUCGCAAAGGUCUUGUACUGAAGAGGCAGUUUUUGGGUCUGCAUCUCCAACCCCUAAACUUUCCCUUUCUACGUUGGGGUGCAAAAUGUGUACUUUCCAUCCUGAGCACCAAGAUUGGUCUACAGCCCCUCACCUUAUGGCUGCUGGUUUGAAUAUCAUGUCUUAUUGUAUAGACGGACCACCUUUCUAGAAGGGAGAUCAACUGGUGCUUCCCACUAUGCUAUGCCCUGAGCAGCUGUGGGAAAGUCCCAAGCCAUGGAAGACUUUGGGAAGUCUAUUGGCUGUUGAAGCAGAAGAAUAGGCCCUUCUGCUGUUUGUCCUCAGACUACUGUGACUUCCUCUAUUUCCAAUAUAAGCUCCUCGAUAAAA